AUGCGAAACGUGACCUUGUGUUUAAAAGGACUACUCUUUCCAGGGUUCUCAAACUCCCGUCCUCCUCUUCCCGUCAUCCCCCAGAUGCUCUCUCAUCUGCCGAACGACGUCCUUCACGAAAUACUUGAACAUCUGGACACCCCCUCGCUAUAUCACCUCUCUAAUACAUGCUACCGCUUCCACUACAUUUCUCUCUGCACAGUCUUUCGGCGCGCCGGAAUUCCCGAUGUCCGGACCGAAAUUCACCUAAACCAUUCUAACAUCCACAUCCUCCCUGCUCUUCGAUAUUCCCUCUUUCUCGACUCGACCGAAAAGUUUACAUGGCACGCGACCUCGCGAGACACAUGGGUCAGCGAAGUCAAACAAAUCACAAGGAUAAUGUCGCGGAUGUGCCGCAUUGGUCAUACUGAGCUCGAUUUUAGCAGAGGUACCAACUUCGGUUGGACUGCUCAGGAUGUUAAGGCUGUGAACCAAAAAUGCGCGAGGCCGUGGAUUAAACUUUGCACUGGGUUCCUACACCUUGUCGCGCAAAAGUCCCUAUGUUUGGAAAUUACCAACAAUAUGGUUUCGGAGAUAUUACAGAGCCCCUCAUCCCCUCUGUGCUUGGAUCGCGGGUUCGUCGAUCGCAAAAUGGAGGGGAGAUCCAUACAAAUGCCUGACGAGUCAGCGACGCAGGGAUUGGAGACACCGCUCCUCGACACACCUUUCUCAACACGGCAUUUCCCCAGUCUAGUAUUCAACCGAAAGCCUAGAUACGCAGUCUCCAGCCUCGCACUGAGCGAUCCGAGCUUGUUUCGGAACCCAGCCUUCCUCUAUUGGUCUAUCAAAUGGAUCAACAGCAUGCCGCUCAAGCGCCUCGUCCUUAUGCAAGGGGAUAUUCGUUUACCACUUCUGAGGCAUUUACGGCUUUCGUCGACCUUGGUCGAUCUGACGCUGUCCCAUGCGAAGACCACCACCGACGAGGAUAUGGCGAAAUUCCUCGCGCGUCAUCCUGCGCUUACCACCAUCGACCUCUACGGCUCAGUGUUUGACGAACAUCUGUCCACGCAUUUCGAUAUUUUGCCAGAGUGGGGAUUGACGGUCACCACACUGGCAGGAUCAGAUACGCUACUCAACCACAUCUUAAACCUCAAAUUCGCUCUCCCUAACCUCUCCUCCCUCAUUAUUCAACUCGACUCCGACAGCACUGCUGGUGACGCAGCCAAAAAUUCCGCACUUUACGAGGCGAUCAUGCUACGGGAAAAUAUCACUGAUAUUUGCUUCCAAGCGCCUGUGGGUGCUUUCACCGGCCUGGUGGCGGAAUGGCAGCGGGCAUUUGACAAGAGUACCAAUGACGCCAUCCGCGAUGGGCAGCGGGAAUGCUCACAUGCCGUCAAGUAUCUCAAAUUCGAAGGGUACCCAUCGAAAAAGCCGCUGGACCCUAGAAUGCUACACAGAUUCCCUCGCUGGAAUUGGGCGGCCUUAUUUUUAUCGUUGGAAGUAUUGAGCUUGUGUUCUAUUUUUGGGGGGUCAGCAGAUGAUGGCAAGUUGCGUGAACGGGUUAUAUAUUUUCGUAUGCAUUGGACUUUUAUCGAGGGCAUGAUGCUUGCGGAGUGCUCUGGCUCGAAUACUGACCAAAGAUAG